UUGUCGUGUUCAUCGGUGAGCAGUCCAGUAUAAAGAUGAGUGGCCGUGGUAAAGGAGGUAAAGGUCUGGGUAAAGGAGGCGCAAAGCGCCACCGCAAAGUCCUUCGUGAUAACAUCCAGGGAAUCACCAAGCCCGCCAUCCGCCGCCUGGCUCGCCGCGGCGGAGUGAAGCGUAUCUCGGGUCUGAUCUACGAGGAGACCCGCGGUGUCCUGAAGGUGUUUUUGGAGAACGUGAUUCGUGAUGCCGUCACCUACACCGAACACGCCAAGAGAAAGACCGUCACCGCCAUGGACGUGGUGUACGCCCUGAAGAGACAGGGACGCACCCUGUACGGCUUCGGCGGUUGAACUUGAGAAACCAAACCCACACAAAGGCUCUUUUAAGAGCCGCCCACCUCCUGAAGAGAGACUUCGUUACCAUUGCAAACACAUGAUUUAAUGAAAUAUAACACUCAAAAUGUUUGACAAUGAUGUUGUGGUAUACUGUAAUAACCAAUGUGCCGCCCCAACUGGUUAUAUAAACAUGGACGCCAGAUGUUCUACUUUUUGAAGGUGAUAAUCUCAAAACCAUUGCACUUUUUGACAGAACAGUUAAAUUCUGCUUUAAUUAUUGACCAACUGUUCAUACCAUCGCUUUCGUUUUAGACGAUGUUCGUCACGGAAAGCUAAGGCUGAAUCAGUUCAUCUGGACACAUGGAAGAGAAAUUUGCUAUUUGGCGACAUAAAUACUAUAUCACUACGAAGAGCUGAAGGAUUGGAAUGGUUGAUAUAGAUUGAGAUCAUCAAACCUUCAAUUUUGAAAUAAAAAAUCGUCAAUUACACACUACAA